GUGUCCCCGCCCUGUAGACUGACCGCCAGGCCGAUAGGUCCAGGCCCACAGAGACGCCGGGGUCCCGCAGCCCCGGCAAGUUCCUUGCACCUUGGUCGAGAAUCAGGCUGGAUGGCUGAGCGCCCGGCAGGCCCCGCUGCCCAUGCUGAGCCUUGGGGCCCCCAUCCGUCAGGGGGGCCUGGGCCUUGCCCACCCUGCCAACGUUUUCCGGCACUCUGGGUCCUUUAUGUAGAAGUGGCCGGGGCAUCCUCCCUGCUCUGUGACGUAUGCCCAUUUCAGAGGAGGGGACAGGCUCAGAGAGGCUAAGUGGAAUCUGAACCCCGACCCAGCGAAACCCCCCGCAGAGGCUAGCAGGCCGGGCGAGCCCCAGAAAGGGGCUCUCUGGGGUAGGAACCCCAAAGGGUGUUCUGAGCCUGGAGCGCGGGGUGGGGGGGCUGGUUCAGGACCUACUGCGUGACUCUGGGCGUGAUGCCCCCUCUCUGGGGUGCCGGAGGGCCUGAGAACAGCUGGAAGGAGCUUUCCAGUGAGUCCCGGCUCUGUGGGGCUGGAGGCCUGGGGGCCGGGGGGCCGGCAGGCAGUGGGCAUGGCGCCUGCCGUCCUCCCUGCCUGGGUAUCGUCUUUCUCCCUCCUCCUCUGGACUUUGUUUCCCGGGCCCGGGUGGGGCCGGCGGGGAGGGGGUGCCCCUGCUUCCCCAGGCGGGGCCCUGUCCCCUGGCAACCCAUGGGCAGGGCAUCGGGAUUCCGGUCUCUGUCCUGUCGAGAGCACCAGAGCCAGGCCCAGAGGCUGCGGGGGCCCAGGGGCAGCAUUGAGCCCGGAGCACCUGCGCCCGGAGCCGUGGGCAGCUGAGUCCCCCAGGCCAUGGACCGAGUGACCAGAUACCCCAUCUUUGGCAUCCCUCACUCGCCCCGUGUGGGUGGCCUGGGCCUGGAGGAGGGCACCGGCCACACGUUCGAGCUGGUGGACGUGGGGCCUGCGGCCAGCGGCUGGGACCAGAACAAGCCACGGGCCCUGCCUGCUGACCGAGAGGCCGGGCCGAAUGAGGCCGGGCCGAAGGCGUCCCGGAGUCCAUGUGCCUUCCUGGACCGGCCAGCCCCGUGGAGGCUCGGCCGGGAGGGUGACGAGAAAGAGGAGGCGAAGGCCUGCCGUCGGCACCCAAGGGACGCCCAGCCCACGCGGCCACGGAGCCUGGAACGGGAGCACCAGGCACCCAGGAAGGGCAGCACGGCGCCCGCGCUCCAGGGCGGGCCUGCCCUCGGGGACCCCGGGAGCCCCGGCCAGGCUCAGUCUGGGCCCCCGGAGGAGCACGUGGUCGACAGGGAGCAGAUCAACUUCCUGACGGCCAGACGGCAGUUCUUGAGUCUGGAGCAGGCCGGUGCGGCGGCCGCCCAGAACCUUCCAGCUAGGGCGGCCCCUGCGUGCGCCCCGCCUGCCGUGGGUCGGGCCUCCACGGCCUCGGGCGGGCUGCCCCCGGCCAGCGGGUGUGCCGUCCCCCCGAAGCCCCAGGGGAGGGACGCGGUCUCGGGAGGGAAGGGGGGCGCCGGCGGCCUCCCCGCCGCCCCUGGUGCCCGGGCUGUGGGCGGCCGUGGCUCCCGGUCCCGAGUGGGGUCCCCGGAGCCCCCCGGGGAGACGCCCAUCGAGCGGGAGAUCCGGCGGGCCCAGGAGCGGGAGGCGGACCUGCGAGAGCAGAGAGGGCUACGGCGGGCGGCCAGCCAGCAGGAGAUGGUAGAGAUACCCACCAGGCCACUGCUGACCGAGGUCGGCCCGGCCUCGGUCCCGCGGCGGGACAGGGGGCGCCCGUCACUCUACGUGCAGCGGGAUUUGGUGCAGGAGACCCAGCGGGAGGAGGACCACCGGCGGGAGGGCCUGAAGCUGGGCGAGCCGGCCACGCCGGCCAGGGCGGCCCUGGGUCCCCAGCCGGGACUCAGGAAAGCCCUCAGCUCAGACUCCGUCCUCGGCCUGGCCCCGGAAGACGGGCCGGCCCGCCCUGCUCCCGCGGUGACGGUGACGAAGGAGGACCGCGGCGUCCCGGCCGACGCCCUCCAGCCGCGCCUGCGCCCCGGGAGCCCCCGGCUGGCGCGCCCGGCCCUCCACGCGUCCGGCAGGCCUGGGGGUCUCUCUGCGGCCGAGGCCGAGGCUGUGGGCUCUCCACAGGCCACAGGCUCUCCGUGGCAUCUCUUGGAAUCCUCUGGAAAACCGGCAGGCGUGAAGCUGCAGUGCCCCAAGCCCCGCGAGGGGCCCCCGCCGGCCGAGAGAGGGGUCAUCCGACAGGAGCAUUUCUGCCUGCGGCCCCUGCGGUUCAGGGUCCCAGACGGGCCCCUGCAGGCCGCGGCCCCCCGCGGCCCAGGCUGGGAGGGCGGGGGGACCCUGGCGUCGACGCUGCAGAGGUCUCAGUCGUCCCAGCUGCUGGAGAAGGAGGUGGAGAGCGUCCUGCAGCGCGAGCGGGAGUUGGCCGAGGAGCGGAGGCAGGCCCUCUUUCCUGAGGUCUUCUCCCCGCCGCCCAAUGACGACGACGACGACGACGACGAGGAGCCCGAAGGCUCCAGGAGCUCCUCCGCGGCUUCCGGCGUCACGGGCGGCUACUCCGUGUCUGAGUCCCACUUCUUCACCCCCAUCCACCUGUCAGGCGUGGCGGGUGCUCCCAAGCAGAAGAAAAGGAAGGAGCCGCGGUAUGCCAGCCUCAGCGCCUCCGACCACAUCAACUCAGAGGUCCUUGAGGCCACACGGGUCACCCGCCACACCAAUGCCAAGGCCAGGUGCUGGGAAGCCCGUAUCUACGCCAACGGGGGGAAGGGCUGAGCCGGGCGCCCCGGGCCCGCCCUGGGGGGUCUGCUGGCCCAUCCCGAGCCCCACUUGCCUUAGGAAACAGGUGCCUGCUUAAACUCCCCACCCACCCCCUCCCAACCCCUCCCCCCCAGAACCACAGAUCAGGGCCGACAACCCCGAGGCCGGAUGCAUUUCCAGCCCUGAGGGUUCUCUUUCCGGUUCUUAUCUUCCUGGA